CUCAAUCUACUAAGCAACCUCUCUCCCUCAUUGUACUAAACUCCCUCCCUCUCUCUCUCUCUCUCUCUCUCUCUCACACACACACACAUCCAAUGGCUAUUCCAGCAUUCUCAACUCUCUCUCUUCUCUUCUUUCUCUUCAAUUUAUGCCUUCGUGGCGUUUACGGCGACUAUGGAGGGUGGCAAGGUGGUCAUGCUACUUUCUAUGGUGGAGGUGAUGCAUCAGGAACAAUGGGGGGGGCUUGUGGAUAUGGCAACUUGUACAGCCAGGGGUAUGGGACUAGCACUGCAGCACUCAGCACUGCUCUUUUCAACAAUGGGCUGAGCUGCGGAGCAUGCUACGAGAUCAAAUGCAACGACGACCCCAAAUGGUGCCUCCCCGGGACCAUCACCGUCACUGCCACCAACUUCUGCCCUCCCAACCCCAGCUUGUCUAACGACAAUGGUGGGUGGUGCAACCCUCCCCUCCAACACUUCGACUUGGCAGAGCCUGCCUUCUUGCAAAUCGCUCAAUACCGCGCUGGAAUUGUCCCCGUUUCUUUUCAAAGAGUGCCCUGUGUGAAGAAAGGAGGCAUAAGGUUCACAAUCAAUGGCCACUCCUACUUCAACUUGGUUUUGGUCACAAAUGUUGGUGGUGCAGGGGAUGUGCAUUCAGUGUCCAUCAAGGGGUCUAACACAGGGUGGCAACCCAUGUCAAGAAAUUGGGGCCAAAAUUGGCAGAGCAACAACUACAUGAAUGGCCAGAGCCUCUCCUUCCAAGUCACCACCAGCGACGGCCGGACCAUCACUAGCUACAACGUGGCACCGUCUAAUUGGCAGUUUGGACAAACAUUUGCAGGGGGCCAGUUCUAAUUUUACAAAAAUAAGGGAUUAAAUUUGUCACAAAAAAAAAAAAAGAAGAAACAUAAAUUUGUAUAUGGUUUGGAGGGUUGAGUAUGUUUUGGGAGGGGAGUCAGGUCUAUUGCUGUGGUGGUUUAGUUAGCACCCGCUUACGCCUAAUAUAGAUGGAAAUGAAGGUUGUAUAAGUAUCAUAUAAAGUUUGUAGAUUUUAGUCCCAAGUUGGUGGUAAAAACCAGUUGGGCAACUUAAUAUAUAAUUGAAUUAUCCUUUGGCA